GCUCCUCUCCUCCCCUGGCUGCCCAGCUCCGGCUUCGGAGUUGGGGGAGAGCCGAGGGCUCAAGUCCCUCUGGAGGAGGCGUGAAUCGCGCAGGAAUAUUGACUAAUUUGGGGUGGGGUUCGGGGGGGGACGGUGGGCGAUGGAGCAGCCCGAGGACAUGGCGUCGCUCAGCGAGUUCGACUCCUUGGCGGGCAGCAUCCCUGCCACCAAGGUGGAGAUCACCGUGUCCUGCAGGAACCUCUUGGACAAAGACAUGUUUUCCAAGUCUGACCCACUAUGUGUCAUGUAUACUCAAGGAAUGGAGAACAAACAAUGGCGGGAGUUUGGGCGCACUGAGGUCAUCGACAACACACUAAACCCUGACUUUGUGCGCAAGUUCAUUGUGGACUACUUCUUUGAAGAGAAACAGAAUCUCCGUUUUGACCUAUACGACGUUGACUCCAAGAGCCCAGAUUUAUCCAAACAUGACUUCCUGGGCCAGGCCUUCUGUACCCUUGGAGAGAUUGUGGGGUCCUCUGGGAGCCGCCUAGAAAAGCCUCUCACGAUAGGAGCAUUCAGUUUGAACUCUCGAACAGGCAAACCCAUGCCAGCUGUGUCUAACGGAAGUGGUCUUUCGAUGGAAAGUUUGAGAGUCACUGGUCCGGAAGCUUCGGGUGGUGUCCCAGGAAAGAAGUGUGGCUCCAUCAUCCUAUCAGCUGAAGAACUCAGCAACUGCAGGGAUGUCGCCACAAUGCAGUUCUGUGCCAACAAGUUGGACAAGAAAGAUUUCUUCGGGAAAUCUGAUCCCUUCUUGGUGUUCUACAGGAGCAACGAAGAUGGAACGUUUACCAUCUGCCACAAGACCGAGGUCAUGAAGAACACCCUCAACCCAGUGUGGCAAACCUUCUCCAUCCCUGUGAGAGCCCUCUGCAACGGGGACUAUGACAGGACCAUCAAAGUAGAGGUGUACGACUGGGAUCGUGAUGGCAGCCAUGACUUCAUCGGGGAGUUCACCACCAGCUACCGGGAGCUGGCCCGUGGGCAGAGCCAGUUCAACAUCUACGAGGUGAUAAACCCAAAAAAGAAAAUGAAGAAAAAGAAAUAUGUGAAUUCUGGCACAGUCACCCUGCUUUCCUUUGCAGUAGAGUCAGAGUGCACCUUCCUGGACUACAUCAAAGGAGGGACCCAGAUCAACUUCACCGUGGCCAUUGACUUCACCGCCUCCAAUGGGAACCCCUCGCAGUCCACGUCCCUGCACUACAUGAGCCCCUACCAGCUGAAUGCCUAUGCGCUGGCGCUGACCGCCGUUGGGGAGAUUAUCCAACACUAUGACAGCGACAAGAUGUUCCCUGCCCUGGGCUUUGGGGCCAAGCUGCCACCGGAUGGCAGGGUGUCCCACGAGUUCCCACUGAACGGCAACCAGGAGAACCCCUCGUGCUGCGGCAUUGAUGGAAUCCUGGAGGCCUACCACAGCAGCCUGCGCACUGUGCAGCUCUACGGCCCCACCAACUUUGCCCCUGUUGUCACGCAUGUGGCCAGGAAUGCUGCAGCUGUUCAGGAUGGCUCCCAGUAUUCUGUGCUUCUCAUCAUCACCGAUGGUGUCAUCUCAGACAUGGCACAGACCAAGGAAGCCAUUGUGAACGCCGCCAAACUCCCUAUGUCCAUCAUCAUCGUAGGUGUGGGCCAGGCGGAGUUCGAUGCUAUGGUGGAGCUAGAUGGUGACGACGUGCGGAUAUCCUCCCGGGGGAAGCUGGCUGAGCGGGACAUUGUCCAGUUUGUGCCCUUCCGGGACUACGUGGACCGCACUGGCAACCAUGUGCUAAGCAUGGCCCGUCUGGCUCGGGAUGUGCUGGCCGAGAUCCCCGAUCAGCUGGUGUCCUACAUGAAAGCCCAGGGCAUCCGUCCACGCCCUCCUCCCACUGUCCCUGUGUCAUCGCUGCCGCAGUCUCCCGCUGGUUCUCCCUCUGGGUCCCCACUUCAUACACACAUCUGAGGCUGACUGUGCUGGCUGGGGAGUGGGGGGCUGGAGGGUGGGCAAAGGCCCCACUCUCCCAGAAGUGGCCUGCCCAGAUUCUGCUUAGGGGGGUUGACAAGGGGCAGGGCGUCUUAGCCUCUGCCUUCACUUCCCGCCAAAACCUAGGGACCUGGGGGGGAAUUAGUAGACAGAAGGGGUGCACAGGGUUCUGGGCUUAUGUGGGAUCUCCUAACCCACCCAGGGCGAUCCCAUUGCUUCCCUGUUCCUGGCUGGUUCUCCUCCUGCCCCGUUCUCCUCCCACCCUGGUGUUUAGUGUCCCUAUUCCUAUGAGUAAUCCCCUGCCCUGUUUCCAGCCAACCCCAAGGCUAGUGGGCCUUCAAGGAUAUGUGUGACCCUCCCAGGGACGCCAUUGAGUCCUGUGGGCCCAAUGGGACUGUCAUAGAUCCCAGGGCCCAGGCUGGGCUAGAAGUGGAGUCUUGUUAGCACAGAGCCCCUUCAGGAGCCUUGUAGGCCUAAUGGUAUGCUAGAAUGUUCUAAAUGCAAAUCUACAGGCUUUCUAUUUUGGAGCCCUACUUGUGGCUCUAGAGGUCUCCUGCUCACCCUAGAGGCCACAAACCUACCAGGCACAGGGCCAGCCCUUGUAUUCCCACUCUCUCCUGCCCUCAGCCCUCAGUGGCCUGGGACAGGAGCCAGAAACCCUAAGCCUGUCCCUCCCCACAACCCCGUGUAGGAACCCAAUGUAGCCUCUGCUCUCUGGGUCUCAGUGUCUGUGAUAACAAAGUUGAUCAGGUGGGCUGGUUUCCUCCAGUUGAGCCAUCUUAAGGGUCCAUACAUCCCACACCCAGCCUCCCCAUCCUCCUCUUCACCAGCACCACCCAUACCCAAGCUGUCUCGGCUCUGGGGUCACCCAGUAGCCUCCUGUCACCCCCUACACCCCCAGCCUUUUGUCCUUGAACUCUGGCGUCCGAGCUGGAGCUCUUGCCCCUGCUGUGGGAAGGUAGACAAGGGGCUGUCACAACCCAAGGUCACCCCACUGGCCGCCAUCCUUUGUCUUCUGGGGCAGGUCCUGCAUGUGUCCCUCCUGCCGCAUGGGGUCCCCGCCUGCCGUCUCCCGCCCCCAUUCGCCUCUCUCUGUCAUGCAUGGUGGUGGUGGUCUUACUACUGUUUGGUCCUGUGCCUGUCUCUGAGACUGUCUCUGUGGAACUUGCCUUAAACUGAAGUAAAUCUGGUUCUUUUAGUA